AUGUUGAUAUUUUUUCGUGGUGGAUCUCGCUGCUGGAAGUUGGCUUUGGCUCAAGAAUUCACAUUGGCCAAAAGGGCCGAGACUAAGCUUUUAGCCCGCUGCCCGCUGCCCGUCGCUGCUCGUCCAUCCGUUGCUCGCUGCUUUGCAUCGCUCACUCGCAUGGAGCCCUCCUACGCACUUCAGGACGAGUCGCAACAAUCCAGAUCCAGCGGAGAGGACGACUAUGUACAUCAUGUACGGAGCAAGAGCAACAAGAGCACCAAGAGCCAAUCAAUAGAUGGCGAAAGCCAAAGAACCACGGAGCUCCAGCCGCUGGAGCCCUUCGAAAGACAUCCGACAGACCGAUCCUCAAACUGUCUCGAAGACGAUGAGAAGGUGGAAAUGCCGCGGAGUUCCAAACCAGUCGCCCCAGGCGUCAUCUUUCAAGGAAAGGCAGAUCUUGGCCUCAUGUCGUCUGAAUGUCUCAUGCUUCGAGAGCUCUUGCAGUCUCAGCAUGAGGAUAUGAUGAUCCGGUUUGACCAUCAGCAGGAGAUGCUGAACAAGAUCUAUAGAACUCGUGGGAGCAAUAUGUCUGCAGUAUCACGCGACAGACAUCCAUCUAUUGUGUCCACGGCAUCAGGGAAGCCAUCUCAAAGCAGACGUCGAUCUGUGCGGCAAUCGCCACAGAAAAUGCCCGAUGGAGGUGGUUCCGCUGGAUUGUUGGUACGUGUGGAUUCACCACAGGCCACUUCUUUUCAAAGCAAGACCAAGCUCUUCAGUUCGCUCACUCGCGUUGACGAAGAGCUGCGGCAGAAAGCUGCUGUUGUCGAUGCUGAGCAGGCCAAGGCCCAUCGCAAAUUCACCGAGGAGGAAAGUGAAGAUGGCAGCCUUCACUUUUUCGAGGCCUUCGUUGCGAACCCUUGGUUCGACCUUUUCUUCGCUAUCGCCAUCCUCACAAAUGCCAUUUUCAUCGGUUUCGAGGUGCAGGCCUCUAUACCAAAGUUUGAUGAGAAUUCACCGGGAGAGCCGGGCGUGUCCACAAUAGAUGACGAGUUAGCAGUAAUGCUUUCCAUCUUUGGCAAAGCAUAUGCCGGCCUCUUCUUUGUGGAGCUUUGCAUUCGCGUGCUUGCUCAAAGACGGAGCUUUGUGUCUAUGAGAAAUCCGGAAUGGAGAUGGAAUCUGAUGGACUCAAUCAUAGUCCUGGCCUCUUUGGUGGAGAUUAUCUUUGAAGUGAGCAGUUAUGCAUCCGGUGCGGAGGAGAUGAGCUUGACGGGUAUGUCAGGCCUUCGGACCUUGCGAAUUAUUCGCAUCACCCGCCUGGUGAAGAUUGCCCGUUUGGCCCGCAUCUUGCGCUUUGUGAUGGCACUCAGGACAUUGACGCAAUCUAUCCUGCAUACUUCGAAAUCUUUGAUUUGGGCCGUGGUUCUGCUGCUUUUGAUUGUAUACACGUUUGCAAUUCUUUUCACACAGGUUGUCAACGACUACAUGCAAGAUACAAAUACUACCAUGACUCUUGAAGAAUGGGAGCUUGGACGGCGCUACUUCAGCUCCCUCCCAAAGGCAAUGCUAUGCCUGUACAUGAGCAUUGCCAAUGGUGUUUCCUGGGAGCAAGUCAUUAUUCCUUUAAACGCGGUAUCUGUGGUAUGGGACUUCAUGUUCCUGUUCUACAUUGCGUUCGCUACACUUGCAGUGCUGAACGUGAUCACGGGUGUUUUCUGUCAAAGUGCCAUUGAUAGCGCGCAGAGCGACCAUGAAAUGGUGAUCCAAUCGAUCAUGAACAACAAGGAUGCGCAUAUUGAAAAGAUCCGCAUGCUGUUCUCAGAGAUCGAUGAAGAUGAAAGCGGGGUCAUUACCUAUCAGAUGUUUGAGAAAGGCAUCCGGUCACAAGAUGUGAAGACUUACUUUGAGUCGAUUGACCUUGAUGUUUGGGAUGCGUGGACCUUCUUCAAGCUGUUGGACAUGGAUUCCGGCGGCGCCGUGGAAAUAGAAGAGUUCCUGAUGGGGUGCUUACGACUACGUGGCAAUGCAAAAGCCAUGGAUAUUGCAAAGCUUUGCCAUGACCAAACGUGGCUCAUCAAGGAGCAGGCUCGAUUCUGGGAGUUUGUGGAGGAAGAACUCAACCACCUCCACACAGUCCAUAUGUCGCAUGUCGCAGAAUGUGACAUGAAGAUGUGGGCUUUCAUUUUUUUACUGAUCAGGAUCGAUAGGCCUGGUGUGCUUAGCCAGUGGCUUCUGAGGUGCGUGGACAUGAAGCAGCAGAGCUGGAUCCUUUGGGGCUGCAUGCCUGGCGGAAGUGGACAGACAAGGCUGGUUCGCCAAGUGGCCAAAGCCGAUGUCAAAAACCGGCGUCGAAUGAGCCCAGCAACGAUUCCGUCCGAGCUUUCUGUACCAGUUUUAGCAGCGAUUGCGCUUUACGCACGUGAGGCGGAGCCUCAGGUGCCAAAGGUAACUCCCAGCCCAAUAGGCGCAACGGGCCCAGACCCGACAGGCCCAAGCUGCAAGGAGAUGGCUGUCCAGGACGGAUCGCCCAUGCCAGUGGCGGAGCAUCGCUUCGUGGCCCUGGAGCCGGGAGAACACGAGGCCCUUGAGGAAGAUGCUUCUGGCCUGUACGACUGGCAGCCUUCUACAAAUGAGGAUGCUGAGGAUGUGCAGAGGCUUCUGGAGCAAUUGGAGUCUGCUGUGGCUUGGAUGUAUCAAGCUGGGGAUGCCACUGAGUGUUUGGACACAGGAAACUGGAUUGCUCGCCAGACCUUAGUCUUGGAUGCUGUGGUCUCGGAUGCUGCUGAGCACUUGGCGCAUUUGAACAUCCAGAAGGAGCUGGCUGCAACACACCUAAAAGGUGAUGUCGGGGACAGUGACAUUACUGUGAAAGACUUCAUCGAGAAUUGCUUCCAUGGCUUCUCCGAAGCAGAUUUGGAAAAAACCUUCCAGGUCAGCUUGGCCAACUUGAAUGGAGAACAUACUUUGCAAGAGAUUCUGGGGACUCUUCGCAGCACGUAUUCUGGUUCCGUUGGCAUUGAGUAUAUGCACAUCGGUGACCUCAAAAAAGUGGAGUGGAUCAGACAAAGAGUCGAAGAUCCCAACUUCAUCCCUUCAGACAAGAACAAGCUCAUCAAGGUCUAUCAAGAGCUCUUGAAGGUGGAUACGUUUGAACAAUUCCUCAAUGUUCAGUACAAAACUACAAAGCGCUUUGGCGUGGACGGUGGUGAAGCUGCUGUUGCAGGUGUCAACGCUGCCAUCGAGAAGGCUGCAACUUUGGGCAUGACCGAGUGCGUGAUCGGCAUGCCACACAGAGGUCGCUUGAAUGUGCUGACUAAUGUGGUGCGAAAGCCCUUGGUUCAGAUGUUUGCAGAGUUCAAGGGCACGCACUAUGACUUCGAAAAGCUGGUAGAGAAGAGUGAAGGAGAUGAUUGGCUGUUUGCUGGCGAUGUGAAGUAUCACCUUGGCACAUCCCAGACCUUCACCCUUAAUGGUGCCAACACCAUUACUGCAACAUUGGAAGCCAACCCCUCGCACUUGGAGACAGUCAACACAGUUACACUUGGCCGUGCGCGAGCGAAACAGUACUACCUUGGCAACACUGCGGAGUCUCGCCACAGGGUUCUGCCCAUCCUCUUCCACGGAGAUGCUUCGUUUGCUGGCCAGGGAGUCGUCUAUGAGACAAUGCAACUAGCUCACGUGCAGGAGUUUGAUGUUGGUGGGACCAUCCAUGUGAUUAUCAACAACCAGGUAGGCUUCACCACUGAUCCUGUGGACGACCGAUCAACCAUGUACACUUCAGACGUCGGCAAGACCUUCAAUCUACCCAUUCUGCAUGUGAACGGAGAUGAUCCUGUAGCAGUGACCAGUGCCUUCGAAUUGGCGGCAGAAUGGAGACAGACGUGGCAAACAGAUGUUAUCAUGGACGUAAUUUGCUACCGUCGCUUCGGACACAACGAAACUGAUGCGCCUGAGUACACCCAGCCAGUCCUCUAUAAGCAAAUCAACAAGCACCCACGAACAGAAGCAGUGUAUUCCAAGAGCUUGGUUGACAACAGUGUUGCCUCACAAAAGGAGCUGGAUUCCAUGAAAUCUGACUUGUGGAAGCAACACGAGACUGCGUUCAAGGCACCAGAGAUUUUCGACUUUGGAGCUGGUGAGCCAUUGAGGCUAUGUUCAGUGCCUUCCAUGUUUUUGGGAGCGCAAUUUUGGUCCUCCGGUCUGGCCAUGGCCCGUGCCUUGUCGAAGGGCGACCACGACCUGGCGGGCGCCCGGUGCUUGGAGCUGGGCGCUGGGCUGGGCCUCGUGGGCCUGGCGGCAGCGCGAUAUCUGCGCGCCCAGAAGGUGGUCCUCAGCGAUUUGGAGGAUCCCAAACCCGAAAUGACCCGAAAUGAUGAAGAAACAUACAGAAUAUACGGAGAAAUCAGAGAAAUCAGAGAAACUGAAACUCUGAAAGUUGGACAUGAUUCACACGAUAUAUUUUUUUGUCGCAGGAAACUGGUAUAUAAAAUAGAUCAUAAUAGAUGCAACAUGAUCCAAGGUGGUCUAAUUUAA